AGAUGGGCGCGGCCUCAUCAUUCUCACCAGCCGUCACGAAUCGUCGCGUGGUUACGCACGGCCUGGACGAGGAAACUUUCUAGCUGUCCCAUCCAUGGAGCAUGAUGGUGGUCAAGUUCUCUUGCAGAACAAGCUGAUCGAUACCACCGAGCAAGAACGAUCCGAACUCCUCCAGCGACUGGGUGGUCUUGCACUCGCUAUUGAUCAAGCCGCGGCCUAUAUCUCUUUCCACAAGUUAUCAAUCUCAGAUUUCAUGGCAGAAUACGAGAGUCGCAAAGCCCAAAUUCUGCAGCAUUAUGAAGAGGAUACAUGGGAAUACCACACGCACUUGAACAACUCAGAGAAGCAAACAGCCCUCACUGCUUACACCACAUGGGAAAUGAGUUUCCAACAGAUUGAACCUGACAAUCAAGAUCGGAAAGAGUGGAUAACUCGAUUUCUGAGCAUAUCUGCGUUCCUUCAGCCACUACGGAUCGGAGAGCAUGUGUUCCGCAAAUUCUACACAAACGAGCCGGAAUCAUCCGUCUGGUUCAACGCGUUUACGGGAAUUGAAUCGGAAGACAGCGCGAGCGAUGUCCAUGAGACUCGGCCAAAGUGGAAUGGUUCUCGAUUUCACAAAGUCAUCCGAAAUCUGGAGGAGCUCUCACUUGUUAGUAACACUGGCAACUACUCUGGAGACACAGGUACCUGGUUUAGCAUUCAUCCAGUCAUACGAGACUGGCUCCAAAUCCGAAUGAAGUCAAAUUUGCGGCAAGAAACCCUUGAGGGGUCUCUCUGUUUUGUCGGAACAGUCACGGCACUCGAGGCCACCAUGGUCGCAGGCGUCGAGGUGACCCAAGAGCUUUUGAAUCAUGUCGAUAUACUGGUUGGUUCCAUGAAAGCUCUACCGAAGGACGGCUUUUUGGACUAUGUAUUGGUAGGAAACAGUGCCAUCGAUUUUGGGCAUUAUUAUUGUGGAAAUGGACACUACAAGAAGGCAAUCGAGCUGCUAGAACACGCUCUCGACGUCGUCAGAGCCAGUUCCGCAGCAGACAACUUGGCUCUCAGGCUGGAGUACACACUUGCUUUUGUGUACAAUAGAGACCGGCAUAGUUCGAAGGCCAUCGAGCUUCUGGAACAUGUUGUACGGGUCGAAGAUCUCGAGGAGACCCAUCCUGACCGACUUGCAUCGCAGCAAGAGCUAGCUAUAGCAUAUCGAGAGAACGAACAAGUCGAAGAUGCUAUCAAGCUACUAGAACACGUCGUUGCGAUUCNAAGAUAGACAGGCCGAAAGAGGCAUUAAGCUACUAGAGCACGUCGUACAAGCCUGGCAAGGCGUUGAUGAAGACCAUCGUCUUAGUCUUGUAGCGCAGUGCGAGCUUGCGAAAGUAUACAUCGAAGAUGAGCAAGCAGAUCGAGGCAUUGAGCUACUAGAGCACGUCAUCCAAGUCUACGAGAGGACCAAAACUGCAGAUAACGAUCCCUGGUAUCGUUUGUCUCGGCACGAACUCGCUGAAGCAUGUCAAGAGAGAGAUCGGAACACACUUCAGUAACUGUCUGGACUAUUAGCGUGGAUCAAGGCACAGCCGCCAUGUCAACACAUACUUCCGGGCGGAAAUGGUUGAAUUUGAGGAAAUGGUUGAGUUUGACUAUUUGAUCAUGGCGACAAGAUCA